AUGAAGACUCAAGUAUUCAUCGCUACCGCUGCUUUGACCAUCGCUGCGACGAUGGACUCGGCUUACGCCCUCGCCAAGUACCUCGACGAACUCCCGAACGGCAGUCUCUUCCAGCAACCUCUCGGACACCCUGGCAGCGACAGCUCCAAGACGACGGAUUUUGCUAAAGCGUUUGCUGCCGCCGGUCACACGUGGUCCAAAAGUCUGUGUGAGGCCAAGUUUCCUGGCUCGAGCAUGACCAAUGGUGCCGCUUUCGGUGACCCAUGCUGCACGUGGAAGAAGGGCGGUAAACCGGACUUCACGGUGACUGCUUUCACGACUACACCCGGAAAGGCCACGACUUGCGCCUCGAAAGGUGGUGCAAGCGGAACUUCCUCGGCGGCUGGUGCGUCUGGAGCCUCUGACGCUACGAAGGGAGGCUCUCCAGCGAGCUCUGAUGAUGGAGCUGCUAACGCUACCAAGGGCGGGGCUGAUGACACCACCGCAACCUCUGACACUGGAGCUGCAAACGCGACAAAGGGCGGGGCUGACGACACCACCGAGAGCUCUGAUGAUGGAGCUGCUGACGCGACCAAGGGUGGAGGUGCCACCGGCACUACUGAGAGCUCUGACACUGGAGCCAGUACCGGCAGCGCCGACACCGAAGGCAGUGAAGGAUCCGCAGGACCCACCAGCAGUAGCUCGCCGAGUGGAGCUGGUGAUGCCACCAAGGGCUCUCCUUGGGGUUCAAGCUCCACCCCGACUUCCGGUGGCGGUUGUGCUGUCAAGAGAACUCUGCGUCGUUAGACGUGGAAGACUC